AUGGCGGACUACGACGACGCGCGCAAGGCGGCCGCGCGCAAGGUGGUCGAGGCGGACGCCGCCGCACGAUCGCGCGCGGCGAGGGACGACGCGGAGACGAAGCGCGCGGCGCGACGACGCGACGUCGAGAGAAGCGCGGUGCUUAAGCUUCGGAACCACGUCGACGCGCGAAUGACGGCGUUGCGCGUCGCGAGGGACGAGCGCGUCGCGGCGCGCGCGGCGGCGGCGGCGACCGCGGCGGGCGACGACGCGACGGCGACGACGACGACGACGACGGAAUCGACGUGGGUCACGACCAAGCGCCCCGUCUUCGUCUCGUUCGCCGCGGGAGAGGACGCGUCGUUUCACGAGCUCCGAUUCGUCGCGCGGUUCGCCGCGCGCAUAGAAACCGCCGGCGCGGGGGCGUUAUUCCGCAUCGAGAGCGGCCACCCAGUGCCCGGGGUAACGCGCGAGGAUAAGGCGUUACUACGCGCGGAGGCGGCUAAAGACGCGGAAGCCGUCGUCUUCGUCGUCACGCCGGCUUCGCUGCGAUGCGAGCGGUGCGAGCUCGAACGCGACGUGGUGACGACGCGCCGAGAGCCGGUCGACCUCGGCGGCGACGGCGCGCGCGUCCCGUGCGUCGCGUUGCUCGACGCGGAGGACGUCUCAUCCGAGUCCGCGGCGCGACCGCCGAGCGUCGACGUCCCGCCGCGGUUACUCGCGCGAGACGACCCGCCCGCGUUUCGUCUCUCGCUCCCGGAUCGUCCCGCGGACGGCGUCGCGCCGCACGCGGACCCGGCGGCGGCGGCGGCGCGGUUCGUGCUGCGAUCGCUCGUGGACGUUGGGGUGCUGUCGCCGCUGGACGUGGACGUGGACGCGAUCGAGGACGUCGCGGACGUCGUCGACGAGACGAAAAUUAUCGCCAAGACGAGGUUCGAGACGAAACCCGCGACCGCCGCGCCGCUCGACGACCGGCGCGUCAAGGCGCUCCUCGACGCGAUGGGCGGGUCGUGGAAGAAGCGCCGACCGCUCGAGUGGAGCGUCGAGGAGGUGGCCGCGUGGGUGUCGAGCUUGGGCGGCGACGUCGGCGCGGCGUCGGAGAAGUUUCGAGCGCUCGGCGUGGACGGCCGCCUGCUCUUCGCGCUCAACGACCAGACGCUGAGACAAACGUUGGGGGUGACGCUCGCGGAGACCCGGACUCGGACGCUUCGGUCGAUCGCCGACCUCGCGACCGAUCGAACGCGCGCCCUAAACGGCGACACGAGGACGGUUACUUUCGACGGCGGCGACGACGACGACGACGCGGCGGCGCGGCUCGCGCGAAUGAACGACGACGAGCUCGACGCGUUCGUCGCGGAUCUCUUCGUCGCCGCCGACGCCGACAGAUCCGGCGCGCUCGACCGCCGAGAGUUUAAGACGCUUCUCAAGAACGCCAACUUGGGGUUCAGCGCGAAGGAGAGGCAGGCAGUCAUGGAGGAGUGCGACGACGACGGCGACGGGCUCGUGUCGUUCGCGGAGUUUUCGAGGGCGACGCGCGGGGUGAUUCGAACCGCCGCGGCGCGGCGACGCGCGGCGAUCAAAUCUCGACGCGGCGGCGGCGGGCGACACUUCGGGUCGACGUUUAAGGUCACGCGGAAUACGAACCGUCGUGCGGAGGCGUCGAGCGCGCUGCUGCGCGGCGUCGACCGCGCGACCGUGGAGGGAUGCCUUCGUAGGGUGUUCGACGCCGCGGACGUCGAUGGGAACGGGUGGCUCGACCGAAGAGAGUUCGCGCGGUGUCUCCGGUCGCACGAUUUGGGGUUCACGCGGAAAGAGGUCAACUCGCUCCUGACGUCCGUGGACGGCGACUUCGACGGGCGCGUCCAGAUCGACGAGUUCAUCCCGGUCGCGUUCACGCUCCUCGUGGAGCGGCUCGCGGACGACGCCGCGCGCGUUGAGGCGAGCUCGAACCCGACCGCGUUGGCUCGCGUCCUGUACGCCAAGUUGAAAUCCGCGGCGAAGGGCAAAGACGCGGUCCCGACCGUCGUCGCUCGAGACGCGCUCCUCUCCCUCCGCGACGACGGCAUCGGGAUCACGCGCACGCACGCCGCGCUCGUGCUCGCGGAGGCGCGCGUGAAUUCCGGAAAUAAAACGCUCCCGUGGCGGCCGUUCGUGGAAACCGCGGUGACGUCGCUCUGGUCGCUGCUCGACGACGACCUCGCGGCGACGCGGCGGAAAGUCGUCGCCGCCGUCGCCGACGGCUCGGGCGUGACGACGCUCGCGUCGCUCGACCGCGCGGCGCUGCACGGCGCGCUGUCCGCGGCGUUCGCCGCCGCGGACGUCGACGGCAGCGGCGCGCUGGACGUCGACGAGGCGAAGGCGGCGUUGGCGUCCAUCGGCGCGACGAUCAAGGCGCGUCCUCCUCCUACGUAUCUCCUCGCACUGGGCGCGACGGUGCCGGAGAAUGCGGCGACGGCGAUGAUUCGCGCGCUCGACGCGGACGGCGACGGCGUCGUGCGCUACCACGAGCUCGUCGACUUCUUCGUGGACGUGUUGCUGCACGCGGAGAGGGAGCGCGCGGUGUGCGCGGCGUUGGAGAGCGCGCGACGAAGAGACGACGCGCGCGCCAUCGGCGCGGCGGCGAAGGAGGCGGUGUACUUGGCGAGUAAGAGAGCCGAGGCGGACGCGAUCGCCGCCGAGCGCGCGUCGCGUCGCGACGCGGACGUGACGGACGCGUGUGAGGCGUUAGCGUCCAUGGGCAUCGCCGCGGACGACGCGUACGAGACCGCGGUUCGAACGGUCGUGAAACACGCGAGCGAGGGGUUGGGGUCGCGACUGAAAGAUAAGAACGCGCGCGCCGGGUGUUACGUCGGGGAAUUGCGCGAGAGCGGCACGGGCCGGGAUAAGUCUUGGGCGGUGACGUACGUCGCGUCGAACGCGUCGCACGCGUUCGUGGUCGGGAAGACGCUGCAGCCGGGGAUCGGCGCCACGUGGCAGAUCCUUACUGGUCCCGUCGACGAUCGCGGGAGUCGACGCGGCGCGGUGCUGGACGUCGAGGACGCCGCGCGCGCGGGCGCGGCGUCGCUGCGACCGGCGGAGGGACCGCGCGCGUCGCGACCGACGUCCGCGGCGGCCUCAGGCGAUACCGGGGGAUACGAACCGUCGCAAUCCACGACGGUUCGCGUCCCCCCGCCGCUCGAGCCCGGCGCGUACUUCGCCGCCGCGUUCGACGGCGGCGGGCGGAGAGGCUUCGUCGCGAUCGACACCGUCGGCGUCGCGCCGCCGCGCGUGACGCACGGCCCGCGGGAAUAUUCGGUGCCGAUACUCGAGGACGACAAGGCGCUCGUGAUGCGCGUCGCGGAGGCGCUCAGCGCGUGCAUGGAGGGCGCGCGCGAGGCGAGGGAGCGCGCGCGCGACGAGGCGAUGGUCGCCGCGAGGGAGGCGUUCGACUGCGAGGAAGCGAGGGAGGCGAGGGCCGCGGCGAGGGCCGCGGCGAGGACGGCGGCCGAGUGA